GGGCUUCACUGAGUCUGCGCAGAGCAGCAAGCUGCGCCGCCUGCUCCACUGUUGUUCAAAGAGAACCGAACAAACUGGGGUCCACACCGAUUUAACGGGAACCGGAGCCAGAAUCUGUCGUUAAAUCCACCCGAGAGGAGACAGAACAGGCGGAAGAGGAGGAGGAGGAGAGGAAUAGCUGCGGAGGAGAAGCAGAAACAGGAGAGGAAGAGGAGGAGGACUGAGAGGAAAAAAUCGGGAGCCAGUGGAAAAUGCUGCGGAUGUGACUGGAAGAUGUCCAACGUUAACAUGGAAGCUACCAACAUCCUCCCCAUCCUGAAGAAGAAGCUGGCCUUCCUGUCAGGGGGCAAAGACCGGCGCAGUGGUCUGAUCCUGACCAUCCCUCUCAGUUCAGAUCAGACCAGCAUGGAGGAGCUCAGCGCCACUCUGGACUACCUGCUCAGCAUCCCCAGUGAGAAAUGUAAAGCUCGAGGUUUCACCGUCAUCGUGGACGGACGGAAGUCUCAGUGGAACAUCGUGAAGACGGUGGUGCUCAUGUUGCAGAACGUGAUCCCGGCUGAGGUGUCUCUGGUCUGCGUGGUGAAGCCAGACGAAUUCUGGGACAAGAAGGUCACACACUUCUGCUUCUGGAAGGAGAAGGACCGUCUGGGCUUUGAGGUGAUCCUGGUCUCGGCCAAUAAGCUGACUCGUUACAUCGAACCCUGUCAGCUGACGGACGACUUUGGAGGAAGUCUGGACUACGACCACAGCGACUGGCUCAACAAGAGGCUGGUUUUCGAGAAGUUCACGAAGGAGUCGACGUCGCUGCUGGACGAGCUGUCGAUUAUCAACGAGGGCGACAAGAGCAGCUCAGUGGACAAGGACAAAUCAGCUGACUGCGCCCUCCUGCCGUCCUUUGACCCUGAGACUGUCCUUCAGACCGGUCAUGAGCUGCUGUCGGAGCUGCAGCAGCGUCGCUUUAACGGCUCGGAGGGAGGAGGAGGAGGGCAGGGAGGUCCGGCCUGGUGUCCGAUGGAGGAGGAGCUGCUGGCUCAGCCUCAGGUGAUGAAGCUGCUGGACUCUCUGAGGGAGCAGUACACCAGAUACCAGGAGCUCUGCAGGCAGCGAAACAAACGCACCCAGCUGGACGAGAUCCACGCCAAGGUCAUGCAGGUGGUCACCUGGCUGCAGGGUCCCGGUUCGGAGCUCCUGAAGACCCACCAGGCGAUCGGAGACUCGAUGCGAGCGGCUCAGGCUCUGCAGCAGAAACACGAGGAGAUCGAGAGCCAGCACAGUGAGUGGUUUGCCGUCUACGUGGAGUUGAACCAGCAGAUCGCCGCCUUGCUCAGUGCCGGGGAAGAGGAGGAAGUGGCCGAGCUGAAGGCUCUGCAGCAGCAGCUGAGCGACGUCUGCUACCGACAGGCGGCUCAGCUGGAGAGCCGACAGAACGUCCUGCAGGCGGCGCAGGGCUUCCACAGCACCACACAGGAGCUGUCCCAGCAGCUGGACGGUCUACUGGGCAUGCUCUGUGCCGACGUGGCUCCAGCUGACGGAGCAUCGAUUCAGCAAAACCUCAAACUGCUGGAGGAGAAGCUGCAGACCGUCGAAGCAGGACUUACGUCUGUGCGUCAGAAGGGGGCGCUGGUCCUGGAGCAGAUGUGCAACCAGCCGUCCUGGAGUCUGGAGGAAAGCGAGAGUCCACCAGGAGACCCGCAGGACAACGUUCAGCAGAUCCAGUCUGUGAUGGAGGAGAUGCAGCUCCGCAAGCAGCGAUGUGAGGACAUGGUGGACGUGAGGAGGCUGAAGAUGCUCCAGAUGGUCCAGCUGUUCAAAUGUGAAGAAGACGCUUUACAGGCGGUCGAGUGGCUCGGAGAGCUGCUGGACGCCUUGUUGAAGACUCACGUCCGACUAGGAGACGACUCUCAGGAGACCAGGACCAUGCUGGACAAACACCGCAAGUUUGUGGACGUCGCUCAGAGCACCUACGAUUACGGCCGCCAGCUGCUGCAGGCCACCGUCGUCCUCUGUCAGUCUCUGCGCUGCACCACUCGGUCCUCCGGAGACACGCUGCCGAGACUCAACCGGGUCUGGAAGCAGUUCAGCGUCAGCGCCGAGGAGAGGCAGCAGAGACUGGAGCUGGCUCUGAACUUCCACACCGCUGCCGAGAGGGUGUUGCAGCAGGAAUUUGUGGAGGCCGAGUCUCUGGAUGAAGUCGACUCUUCAGGGAAAACUCUCCUGGACAGACUGACCAUGCCGAUCAUCUUCCCUGAUGGGAGCGAGCAGUACUUUGGGAGUCCCAGCGACACGGCAGCAGCAGCGGAGGGCGUCAGAGAGCGCCUCCUGCUGGUGGAGGAGCGACGGCUGCAGCUGCAGGAGGCGAGGCUUCAUAACGACGAGGAGGAGGAGGAGGAAGAAGUGCUGAACGGGCAGGAGGCGAGACUAGAUGUGAUCGGAGAGGAACUGAGUGAGAAAGAGGAGCAGGAGGAGGAGGAGGAGGCGGGGCAGCAGGAUGAAGAUCUAGAGAGAGCCACGCAGGACUGCUAAUGGUCGCCGAGCACGUUAAACCGAGCAGCCUUAAUGAAGCUCGAUUCAUCUCCACCUCCGACGUGUCCUCCCUGAGCCAGCAGCGCCGUCGUUCUGUCGCCUCCUUGGUGUUUGUUUUUAUUCAGACUAUCACUGCUUCACCUUCUCCUGCAGGAGGACGAAACACGGUGGAAGCAGAAACUGUGAAAGCUGGAAGAUCAGCGUCCAAACGUAACAAAUGUAAAAUACUGGAGUUAUUAUUUACUGGAAUAAUGAAUAUUCAUGUCUCUGGAUGCUCUAUUGAUGAUAAUCGACUGUAAAAUAACCCGUUCUGGAUGCUCCUAGUGUUCACCUAACACCUCCUCCUCCUCCUCCUCCGUGUUCUCCUGAGUGGGCAGAGCUUCAUGGUGCUUUCUCCAACUUCUACUUGAUCCUGUUCCUGCAUUAACAUUCCUGUAGACGCUGUCAUGGAGCUUUUCAACAACGGGAAAUCCUACCAGCUAGAAACAAAACUCUGCUUUACUGACAAACUUUUCUACAGCAGCCGAGUCGAGUCCUCUACAGCUAAACAAUAUCCAAUCAGCUUAAAGUACAACUUUUACAUUAUUUGUGAAGUCGGACUGAAAUCUAAACUCUCCUCGUUAAGCCUUAGUCGUGUCCACAUGUCUGCAGUUUGCCACACGCAUUUUUCUGGAAAUAAAUAACACAAGAAUUCAGCUGUGACACCUUAAAGCAGGAGUGUCCAACUCAUUUUAGUCCAGGUUCCACGUUCAGCCCAGUUUGAUCUGAAGUGGACCUGAGCAGUAAAACCACAGCAUAACAACAUAUAAACAACCACAACUCCACAUUUUUCUUUUGUUUUAGUGAAAAAGUACAUUCUGAAAAUGUUCACAUUUAAAGAAUUAUCUUUUCACAAACAUCAUGAACAGCCUGAAAUUUGUUAAAUGACAAAAGUCAGACAAAAACAAGACAAAAUUUUACAGAAACGAGACACAAAACAACAAAAAUAAAGGUCAAAGGUUCUUUAUUGUCAUAUCAUUCCACAUUUGCACAUGAAACAAUACGAAAUUGGACCCUGGUCCCGGUUUCAGCCAUAAGACAAAAUAAAAACACUUUCAUAAAAGACACUAUAAGUAUAAAGAGACACACUAAUAUAUACAAACCUACAACAUAAAUAUAUGUACAAUGAACCAUCAGUUAGUGCAAAAAUGAGAAACAUAAUGACAAAAAAAUGAGACAAACGAAACAAAAAAGGGGAAAAAAAUCUGACAAAAAGAAAGGGACAAAAAAUGGACGAAUGACAAAAGCGCGACAAAAAAAUUACAUGACACAAAUGAGACAAAAAAAUGAAAAAAGUGAGAAAUAAAAUGACUAAAAAUAGACUGACAACACAAGCGAGACAGAAAAACACAGAAUGUCUAAAACAAGACAAAAUAUUACAAAAAUGAGACACAAAGUCACAAAAACAGCAAUCAAAGUCAAAACAACUUGUCAUGGUCUAGAAACUAUUUUAAAUUUAUGAUUUUACUAAUUUACAAUCUGCUCUUAAUGUCUUCUCUGGAAUUUUUACAGUUUGAGGGCCGGAUUGGACCCUCUGGAGGGCCGGAUUUGGCCCACGGGCCACAUGUUGGACACCCCUGCCUUAAACGGUUUUACAUGUAUGAGAUAAUCGUACCUGCCUUCUACUGCCAAACAUUGGUUGGAAGGUUGUAAACUAAGUUAUACACUAAGCUAACUUCGAGGCUAAAUGAGGCUUUGAAUAGGCGCUUUAUCUGCGUUAACUUUAUUUCUAUGGAGGCCUAGAGUAAAAACCAUAAUAAGCUAUGACUUUAGAGUGUAAAAGACGGACGUAGCCGCUGGGUUUUUAAACAGAAACCAAUGAUGAACUGCCAAAAACCUGCAUUCUUCCUAACAGCCAGCAGGAGGCGACUCCUCUGGUUACAAGAAGAAGUCAGAUUGUAUAGAAGUCUAUGAGAAACUGACCCGAUUUCUCAUUUGAUUUGUUCCCUCAGUAAACAUUCUGUUAUCGAGUUCAUGGUAUCAGCUGCUAGUUUCACAAAUGUUUGAACACAGCAUGGUGAUUAUUUAGUGAAUUAUGGUUUUAUUUUGAGUAAAACAGAUGAUAAAACCAGCUAUGUUUUAGGCCAAAGCUGCCUUGUGAUUGACUGGUCGCCAUCAGUGACCUCGGGUCCUUCAAUUAGAUCCACCUUCUAGCUCAUCACACCCAGUUUUAAAAGACCAAGUACUGAAUGAAGGCUUCACAGGGGUAGUCCACAAACUGUUGACAUCACGGCUGCUACGUCCAUCUUUUAUAUACAGACCAUCUCCUGCAAAGGCCAAGUUAGCACCUCAGAAGUUUUCAGAUGCUUUAUUGCUUUACCAUCAGUAGCAGAAUGUAUUAAGGUAGCUUAAUCUGCUGCUGGACGUUAUCUUCUUUAGGUCGUCCCCCCGUCAUUGGUAGUAGAGUUAUUGGUAGCAGACAGAUGAUGACGCUCAUAAUUAAAGCUUUUAUAAUCAGCGUGGUUAGGAAUAAGGUGCAUAUUAAUCCAAAAUGUAACUCAAACUGCAGCUUCACGGUAGAGCGCCUCCGCAAACAAAUCAAGAUGCGGUUUAGAACGAUAGGCUUUUUCCACUGCAGGAACUUGCAGCCUGAUACUUUGUUCGUGUUCCAACCGCUAAGAACUAUCAGAGAUGUUUUAGAGGGAGAAAAGGGUCUUUUCUAGCUUCUGAAAGUCCUCAUAGAGUAGCAGUCUUCUCCUCUAACAUCACCAUCAACAAAGCUAACAUAUCAAACCCUCAAUUUUUCUGUUUUCUAUGUGCAACUGAAAUUACAUCCCAUAAUUGCUAGUUUUCGUUUUGCCACACUCAGAUUUAAUGUCGUGGUCGAAGCUGUUGGAUCCUACUGUCCUUUCAACCACUUUAUUUCCAUUGCGAUGCAGGAUUCCUUCACUGUAAUGGAAAUAAAACGGCUGAAAGGACCGAUUCCUGUAAACCAGUUCUUGACAUACGACCAAAACGCGUCUGGUGAAGUCACAGUGACCUCUUCAUUCAAAUUACACUCAGUUCAUCCUGGAAUCCAAGUGAAUGUUUGUGCCAAAUUUGAAGAAGUUCCCUCAAAGCAUCAAUGAGAAUGAGAUGGACAGACACUACAAAAACAUAACGCAUAAAAAUAUCAGAAUAAAUGGAUACAGAGUCUAAAUGUCAAGCCUUUUGGUGUACAAUACCCACAGAAACACUGGCAGCUACCAGGUUUCACCACAAACUAGAGAUCAUCGGCGCAUAUGCCAGAAAAUCUCAAUAGUAUUAGCAACUGGUAAUGUUGGUUAGGAGUUCAAAUAAUCAAAAAAGAUCAAACUAAAGUCAAAGAAGUGAUACGUUGAACUAUUUGACUAGAUCCUCCUGACUAGAGCCUUGCUUGUGUUGGAUCUACUCUCAGAUGUUCGUCGCUUUGGAUAAACUCAGAUUGUAGAGUUGUAUUUUAGUGCCUGCACGCUACAAACAUGACCUGUUGUUGCCAAAUUCGUAGAGAGAAUACUGAUGUAAACGCUUCCAAAAUAUUGACUUCAGCUCGCGAUUAGCUUCAUCUUCCCGGUGUUGUCUCGACCGUAUCGCUCCCUACGGUUCGGCCCAGAUAGAAAACGGUUUGACUGGGAUCAUGGACCAUGUGGAUGUAUCGUCUAACAGACCAGUUUGGCUGUGAAAAUGUCUGACAACAUGCUGCAGAUGUCUUCCAGUUCCUAAUCGCUGAACUGAACUAUUGAGGCAUGUUUCGUAUCCGUGUUUCCCAAACCUCCAGCUGCCUGAUUCCAGAAGGGAAAAGUUUGAAUGCUCAGCUCAUGGACCUUGAUUUUGGACGUCUCCGGAGCUUUGGCAAAUGUGGAAACAGAUUAAUUUCAGUUUGACUUUAAGCUGGCUGAGUGGACGUUUCUCCUGGAACAUCUCCUGUUGGAACAUUAACGAUGCUUUCGCCUUUCAAGGACUCAAAAUCCUCCAUCGAUGGACCGACCUCCAACGGCGACAUUUGAACCGGACGGAUUCCUUUUCUAUUUAUUCGACCAUUUUCCAUGCAGACCUUCUGUAAUUGGUACUUCUGGCCAGUGACUGCUGCUGUAAGUGUAACUGAAAUGAUGCUUUCUGCCCUCCAUCCGAUGAAAUCUAUACGACAUGAUUCUCUAAAUAAAGCUUUUGAAGUUGA